GCAGCCAUUGUAAUAAUGAAGGACCAUAGCGAGUGAUGUGAGUAUUGCUCAGAGAUGGCAAACUUCUUCUUCAUCUUCUUCUUCUCAUUUCGUCUCUUUAUUAUUAUCACACUAUUAUUUCCAUUGGUUGUUGUGGGGUUUGAUGACUGCGGGGAGAGCAGGUGCAGAAAAGGCGGUCCAAAAAUCCAUUUCCCUUUCAAGCUAAUUAAAGAUGGCGAUGAGGAUGCGGAGCACUGUGGGUAUCCUGGAUUCGAGUUAUCCUGUGAUAACAAUGGCAACACUGUGAUGGAGCUGCCGCAUGAGGUGCAAUUACAGGUUGAUGAGAUUGACUACGCGUCCCAGCAGAUCUUCCUAUCUGACCCUGCUGGUUGUCUUUCCGGCAAGAUGCUAUUAUACCUUAAUUUAUCUCUAUCUCCAUUCCAAUAUUCUAGCACAUCAUCCUCCGAUUAUUACUCCCUAUUCAACUGUUCUGCAUCCAUUGAUUCUGAUGAAGCUAUUUAUGGUUGGUUAAUUUCCUGUGUUGGUGUUCCUGGUCACCAAGUAUAUGCCUUAGAUUCCUCAGUUUCACUCGAUGAAUUCCCGUCCCCAUCUUGCGUAAAGUUUCGUGAAACUACAUUCCAUUAUCCGAGAUAUCCUUUUGAGAAUACUCUUCAACUUAAUUGGCUAAGUCCAUUUUGUUCCACAUGUGAGAUACAAGGCAAAAAUUGUGGGUUAAAGAACCAUAAUAACAUCACACUGGGAGUUCAAUGCCUUGGCACACCAAAGAAAGCUGAUCCACCAGGAUCCAAAAACCCAAUUGUUGCAGGUGCCAUUUUGGGCUUCUUUCUGUUGGCAUUUGUCAGCUUUGGCGUCUACCAGUUUUACACCACCGGUAAAACACAAAAACAGAACCAGAAAAGAGUUGAGAAAUUUUUGGAAGAUUACAGAGCUAUCAGGCCAACAAGAUAUAGCUUUGCUGAUAUCAAGAAAAUCACUAAUCACUUUAGUGAGAGACUGGGAGAAGGAGGUUAUGGAAUUGUGUACAAAGGGAAGCUUUCCAGUGAAAUUCAUGUUGCAGUCAAAGUGCUGAAUGAUUCCAAGGGGAAUGGAGAGGAGUUCAUCAAUGAAGUUGGGAUAAUAGGAAAGAUCCACCAUGUUAACGUCGUUCGUUUGGUUGGCUUCUGCGCAGAUGGAUUUAGACGAGCACUGGUGUACGAGUACUUACCAAAUGAAUCCUUGGAGAAAUACAUAUUUUCAACAGGUGGCUCAAAGAAUGUUGCCCUGGGUUGGAAAAAGAUUCAAGAAAUAGCCCUGGGUAUAGCCAAAGGAAUUGAAUAUCUCCAUCAAGGUUGCGACCAACAAAUUCUUCAUUUUGAUAUCAAACCCCACAACAUCAUCCUAGACCACAACAUGAACCCCAAGAUAUGCGAUUUUGGACUUGCAAAACUGUGCUCCAAAGAGAAAAGUGCUGUCACCAUGACCGCUGCCAGGGGAACCAUGGGUUACAUUGCACCCGAAGUUGUGUCUAGGAACUUUGGCAAAGUUUCUCACAAGUCAGAUGUCUAUAGCUUCGGCAUGUUGCUUCUGGAAAUGGUGGGUGGAAGGAAGAACUUCAAUGGUAACAAAGGGACUAAUGACAGCCAAGAUAGUUUUCCAGAUUGGGUGUACAAUCACUUAAACAAAGGAGGAGAGUUGCAAAUCAGAAUCGAGGAGGAGGAUGAUGAAAUGAUAGUGAAAAAACUGGCGAUAAUAGCUUUAUGGUGCAUCCAAUGGCAACCGGUAGACCGGCCUCCAAUGAAACAGGUCGUUCAAAUGCUAGAAAAAGAUGGACACGACUUGGUGUUACCCUCCAGCCCUUUUGUUGCAACAAAUGUGACUGAUGUCCCUCCUGUUCUAGCCGAGACUUUUUACAUAAAUUAGUUUUAAGUCCAAAAUUAAUUAAUAAUUUUUAAUAGAAUAACUUAAUGUAAUACACCUUACAUGGCAUAUGUUAUUUCACGAACAAUUAAGUAGCUAGUUAAGUAGUUAAGAUUUAAUUGUUUAGGAGAUCAUGACUUGUAGCAUCCAUACUAUAUUGUUGUAGUGUUUCCCUAAA